AUGGCAAAGGAACGAUCCAAUGACAGCUGCGGCGCUAUCGCGAGGUUACUGAAGGACUUCUGCAGCUGCAAAGAAAACGCAGCGUGGUCCCCGGACAUGACGGCAGACAGAAAAGGGCCAUUUUUAAAAAGCGAACUUACAAACAUGUCGGCGAUGCGCAGGCGUAUAAUGUCGAUUGCGAAGCGGAAGAAUCGGAACGUCUCCCCGGAACCAAAAGUGAGCUGUAACAAUACCAUUGACAAUAAGUCGACUUUGACCUCAAAUCUGAUUAAUACAGUGAGCUCGCAAAACAGUACAAUAAGAAGAAACAUCGACAAUUUCCUCAUAUCGCGACGAAUGGUCGCCCUCGACGAAGACAUAUACGAGAAACCGAUACAAGUUAAAAACUCUACAUGCGGAGAGAAUUGGUCGCUGAGCAAAGCCUGGAAGAAUAAUAACCUAGACUUCUUUAAUCGAUCGCCGACGUUAGAAACGAAUCGAUUAAUCGAACGGGCCAACACUUUGGAGAGGAUAGACGAAGUGCCGAGAAGAAAAAAGCGAGACAAAAAACAGAAAGAGCAGCUGAGGUAUGACCGGAAUAUUAAAAGGCAUAUAAGAAUACGUGUAAUGCUAUCCCUAAGGAUGAGAAGAUACGUGAAGAAAAGGUUAAGGAAGCAACCUCUUUUGGUGAAUUCGACACAAAAUGUUAUAGUGCCGCCUAGAACAUUUCCACGUGGUGCUUCAACUACAUCUAGUUUUGGUACAAGAUCGUACCGUAGUGUUUUGACGGAUAAGAAUAGUGAUGGCACUGUGUUAUUCGAUAUACAUGAAGCGAGAAAUUCGACGUUAGAGCUGUGCCACGAUUAUGAAGAUGACCUCGACACAUUGGACAUUGCGUUACGCGCCGGUAAUUUUAGGAGCGGUCGAUUAGCUGUCGAGGGGUGGUGGUGCGGGCGUGCAAUGGCGGGCGGGCGUGCCAACAAUGGAGCCCUGGCGCUUCAUUAUGCGGCCGCGCGGGGCUGCUUGGAUUGCGUGCGGCUGCUGGCCAACACAACGCCGGAUGUCUCUGCAAACACCGCGAUGGACAAUGACGUCACGCCGGUGUAUCUCGCCGCGCAAGAAGGACACCUGGCUGUUCUCAAAUACCUGGUACUAGAAGCAGGUGGGAGAUUAGACGCGCGGGCUCGGGACGGCAUGCUGCCUAUACACGCGGCUGCCCAGACUGGCUGCCUGGACUGUGUCAAAUGGAUGAUUGUCGAACGUGGUGUGGACCCCAACGCGAGAGAUGGCGAUGGAGCCACGCCACUCCACUUCGCUGCAUCACGGGGACAUCUCUCCACAGUCCGCUGGCUUCUACGCCACGGGGCUAGACUCCACCUGGACAGGCAUGGCAAGAGCCCUAUCAACGACGCUGCGGAGAAUCAUCAUUUAGAAUGCUUGAACGUGCUGGUAGCGGCGGGUGCCGCUGGUGCUGACAACAAGCAACUCGCCUCAUACAAAGCGAUACAUUCCUGCGCUUGCGCACCGGGAGAGGCUAGAUGUGCCUUACCAAACUGCAUAAACGGAAAUGGGACCCGUUCGCCAUUUUACUUACACGCUCCUGAGAGAGAGAGACUCAGUUCCACUCACGAGCGUCGUGGAUCUCUCUCUUCCACCGUGGGGUCUAUAACGUCAGCCCGCUCUGGACCAGCCGAUGGGCUAUAUGUCAAUCCUAUGCAAAGGACUUCAGCCAGCGUGACCCAUCUUAGCUCCUCGGGAGAAGAAAGUUCGGCAUGCUCGGCGUCCGAAACGGAAACCACCAACACGGGGGGCUGGUUCCUUCACAGCAGCAACACGAACGCACCGGCGGCGUUGUACCAGCGGGUGAGGGAUUUGUUCCACUCGCGUUCUCCCGGCCCGAGGGUGCCUGCUGAAGGGCAGGAAGCUCCUACUAUGACUGUAAAGGCAGAAGUCCACGGCACCACAGAAAUAUCUCAGAUCCAGGAGAACUCGGACAGUGACAGCGGCGCUGAGGCCACGCGUCGCGAUCACCAUUACGAAGAUAUUUACGUGCCAAGAGAAGAGCAGCAGAGGAGAAGAAGCAGUUCCCGAGACUCCGGCAGCCACAGCCGACCCGGUAGCGCCGCCUUGGUUGUCGAUUACGGCAACAAGGAACAUAAUGAAUUGUCAAACAAAGCAUACGAGGAGGUCACUCCACCACCCUCGGAAACUCAAACGAAGUCUACAAUAGCAACAAAAUUCGCGGCCCUCACACACAAAGCCCAGAACUUUGCCAGCCGUAUAUCAUCAGCAGCCGGCAGCCGACGCGCCUCAGUCACCGAGGAAGCAGUCGUGGUUCAAGCCUCUGCAUCCUCAGGUGUAUCCUCCAUCGGAUCCUCGGGGGGAAGCUCAGGAGACGAGGCGCCGCCGCCCCCUCCACCCCCUCUCCCACCGGUAGUGCUUGAAGAACCGGCUCUGAAGCCGUCUGAAUUAAAAAGUAGGCUGGCGGGGAGACGCGGCUCGGCGGCCUCGGCAGACGACGAGCGGCCGCGGGCACCCAACCUCGUGAACAAGCAGCCCGCGCUCCCCUUCGUGCCGCCCGCAUUCCCGCACAACGCGCCCGACCGCCUCAUCAAGCCCUCGGAGUACUUGAAGACCAUCACGGCGCCCUGCAAGCGCGACGAUGGCGCGGCGGAGGCCCGGCCGCCCCCGCCGCCGCCUGUGCCCGACAACAUCCCGCCCCCGCCGCCCCAGCCGCCCGUGACCUCGCACCAGCCCCUAGCGGUCAUCAGCAGCGCGGAGCUCACAGCAGUGCGGCUAAAAACCAUCGCCACCAAAACCAUGUCAGCACCACCGCCCGCCAGAUCCGUCAGCUUGCAAUGCAUACCCAGCGCUGCGGACUUCAGAACUGUGAAAACUGACCUGAUAGAGGAGCUGAAGAUGUCCAAGGACAUCACUGGGAUCAAGAAGUUGAAGGUGGAACGUGCGAGGCGCGAGAGUUUGCAGGAUAAGGAGACUUUCACGGAGUUCACCAAACGCUUCACGGCGGAAAACUUUGUUGAUCAGAUCCCCGAGCGGGACACAGCCGGCAACGUCAUACCGUCGUGGAAGCGCCAGAUGUUGGCGCGGAGGGCUGCGGAGAAAGCUCGGAAGGAUUUGGAGAGAGAACUGGCGGGCGAAGCGGAGAGACGGAGAGCUGCGGCCGUGCCUGCGUGGAAGAGGCAACUGCUGGCAAGAAGGGAGGAAGCGGAGAGCCGAUUGAGACAAUCGUUAUACACACCAAAAGUCGAAGAAUCCAAUGAUAUAUGCAAACAAAAUGGCGAAUGGCGCGCUUACCCCAGCGGCACCCAGCGUGCCGUGUCCAUAGACAAUAUCUCUCUGUGCUACGAGGUGCAUUCGGAACCCACCCGCGCGCCUUCCGAAGUGAAACUCUCAUCGGAACAUUGCAAUGGACACUCAACAUCGAACGGCCAUCAUACGGUGGCGGAGGAAGAAAAGGCAAAAAUUAUCCCGUGGCGAGCACAAUUGCGUAAAACAAACAGCAAACUUAAUUUACUUGAGUAGGUUAACUAGUGGUAGGAUCGGUUAGGUUGCUAGUGGUAGAAACGAAUCUCUAUGGUAGUUUUUGUAUUAAUGGCAACAUCGUAAAAUAUAUCUACUAUAUUUCAUAUGUUGCCUCACUCUAAAUUUGUAUUCGAUAGCUGUUUCGUAAUCUACCUACAUUUUAUUGAAUUUCGAACCGACUUUUUCGAUAAGUUUUAUUCAAAUAUUUAAAACUAGUUUAGUAUUUCUGCGAGUAUUAAUUUUUAUACCUUGGACGUAUUCUAAUGUGUGAAAAUUAAAUUUAUACUUUUACUUAACGCUCUUUUUUUUUAAUUUAAAAUUUAGUGAUUAUUGAACAAAGAUUUUUAUACUUUUAUAAUAAAGAAAUUAUAUGUUAAGCUAAACAUAACUAUUCUACGAUGUAAAAAUGUAAAUCUUUUAACUUUUUUUUAAAUGUCCGUUUAAUCGUUAACUCAAAUUUAGAUCAGAAAAUUUGUAUUUCUAAAAACAUAGAUAAUGUAUUUUAACGUUUUAAAAAUGGGAAUAAAUAUUUAAUAGAAUUUAGUUUUACACUAAUAUGCAAGUGAUAUAAAUGUUGCAAUAUUAGUUUUAAGCUUAACAGAGGCUUUGAAUGAUCAUACUUAUAACCUAGAUACGAUUAUGUAAGUUAUAAAUCAUUACGAAUGUUAAUAAAAACCUGUUGCUUAAA